UUUAUUCUCUGUUCUAGUGGUAUUGCUGUUUAUCAUCACCUCUCUAGCUGUGUAGUACUUAAAACUAUCAAAAUAUGGCGGUUGUACUGGACGAUUUCAAUUUUGAAACCGUUGUAAUAGCCCAAGAUCUUUUAAAUGCCGGUGAAGAAUGCACCCAAAGAGGCCUAAAUUUUACGGCGAAAUGGCUUGCUGAGAUGGAUUUUGCUGUAACACAAAAACUAGAUCCAGAGGUAGCUAACAGCCUCGAAUACCAGCAGCCUAAGAGGAAAGGCAGGGCAAGAUAUAUUUUGGCUAAAAAGUAUUUUGAUGUUAAAGAAUACAGCAGAUGUGCCCAUUACACCCAAGAUUGCCAAGACCAAGUCAGCAUGUUCUUGCAUUUCUAUUCAAGAUACAUGGCUGGAGAGAAGAAACUUGUUGAAGACGAAAGUGACAAAUCAAGUGAAACAAAGAUAGCUCACUUGAAACUCCUACACCAAGAUCUGGGUAGAUUAAGGAAUACUGCACAAUGGGAUGGAUAUCUUUGCUAUUUACACGGUUUAGUCUUAAGAAAAAUGGAUCUUCCGCAUGCCCUACAAGUUCUUCAAGAUGCUGUUAAUUUAACUCCACUUAAUUGGGCCGCUUGGCUUGAACUAGCUAACUUGAUAAAAAACAGUGAAAUGCUAAGUCAGCUGAAAUUACCCAACUGCUGGAUGAAAUAUCUUUUCAUGGGGCAUAUUUUAGGUGAACUUCAUUUAGAUGAAGCAGCACUUAGUCUAUAUGAAAAGCUUCACCAAGGAGUGUUUGAACACAGUCUAUAUGUCAAAAGCCAAAUUGCGAAAAUUUACUACAGUUUAAGAGAUGGAAUCCAGGCAGCAACGAAGUUCAGCGAAAUUCGUGAAGAAGAUCCGUAUUGCCUUGACGCUAUGGAUGUCUACUCAAAUGUUCUCUACGUUCAAAACAACCAACCUGAACUGGCACAACUGGCUCAUCAGGCCUUUGCAGUAGACAAGUAUCGGGUAGAAACUUGUUGCAUCGUUGGAAAUUAUUACGGGUUGCGCGGUCAACAUGAGAAAGCCGUGCUGUAUCUUCAGCGCGCAUUGAAACUAAAUCCGCACUACUCUUAUGCAUGGACAAUUAUGGGUCACGAAAAUAUUGAGAUGAAGAACUCAAAUGCUGCUAUCGCUUGCUACAGAAAGGCUACAGAAAUGAACAUACGCGAUUUCCGUGCCUGGUACGGAUUGGGACAAGCUUAUGAAAUUUUGAAAAUGCCUCUGUACAGUUUGUAUUAUUAUCGAAUGGCUCAAUCGCUGAAGCCAGAUGAUUCUCGCAUGUUAGUAGCUCUAGGGGAUGCCUACGACAAGCUUGAAAGAUUGCAUGACGCCAAAAAAUGUUAUUGGAAGGCUCACUGUGUGGGCGAUUUGGAAUGCAUCGCUCUGCUACGUCUUGCCAAGACCUAUGACAAGCUCAAAGAGACGGAUCAUGCUGCAGCCGCCUAUUGCGAUUAUUUACGCGAUAGCGAAAAACAAGGAUCUGGAGAAGGAGAUGAACAUCAUGGCCAAGCGUACCUCUAUCUAGCUAGCUAUUAUUAAUAUUUUCCCGUCGCUCUGUCCAAAGGUCCCCAGUUCCUUGACCUGGCCCGCGAGUACGCCCAAAAAUGCGUGGAAUAUCCAUCGACGCUUGCAGAUGGGAAAGCAUUAUUACGCGAAGUUGCACAGCGAUGUCAGGAAGAAAAUUCACGUGUGGGUGGCAACUUUAUACACAAAACCACCAGUGAAACUCUGAGGCUGACAGACCAGCUUCAUCCCAAUCAGACGGGACCAUCGUCCACAGGACAGACAGUGGACAUCAAGAAAACAAGUUCGUUCCAAAUAACUAGUGUCAGGGUCUCCUCCAGCAUCAGCAAUGAUGGGGAGGAUGACUCUUGUGGUGAGGUGGAUGACUCACAGACUGAACCGUCUGAAGUGGGGAGCCACAACCAUAUUGAUGUGGAUGGAGAUUUAGACACUGGUGGAGAUGAUCCACCAAUCAUGUUUGUCAGUAAUGUGCCAGUAUCACUAGCUCAACAACAAGUCAAUGAAGGAGGUGCCCUCAAGCUCGAGGACAAAGAUCAUGGAUUGCAACGUAGAUUCAGAGUUGUCAAGAUUGAGAGUGCUGAACCUUUCAAACGAGGAAGAUGGCUCUGCAUGGAUUUUCUGGACCAACCAUCUGUCCAGCCCAUACUGUCUAAGGAAGAGCCUGGUUCUGCAACAUCAAGCUCAGGCAGCUUGUCUGAUCAUAUUUCGACAGAUGAUGGGCAACAUCAUGCACCAUACUUGCAGCAACCGAAUCAAACCCUUCAGAAUAUCAACACUGGAGCAGUCUUGAAUUCUUGCAACCAGCAGGCUCAGCCCAGCAGUAGUAUUCAAAUAGUACCACAUUCCUUGCCCGCCAGUGCGGCUUCCGUCAGUUAUCCCCAAACCCAACAGCAGCUGCUUCAGCAGCCAAUCUAUCAGACACAAUCUCCAGUUCCAUUAGUCUAUCCAGUAGCUUCCGUCACAACCAUUCUGCAACCAAGCGCAGCGACAAUAGCCACCACGUCCAAUCCUGCAAGUCUCGCCAUCCCACUAAUAACGACGCAACCCACGUCUUCGGUUACUGCUGGUGCUACUUUGCCCAGUCUUUCUUCCAAUGUUGCGCAGCCAUUUGUUCAGCAACCCGUCCCGCCAGGCCUUCUACAGCAGCAGCAAUCUAUGGCUAGCCAACCUGCUUAUACAGCUUCAGCGGUGGCUCCGCAACAACAACAACAGCAACAAUAUGUAACACCGGCGUCUGGCAUCCAGCCCGGAUUAACAGCGCCACAUUUGCCGUCCCAACAGCCGACCCAACAGCCCGUUGUCGCCCAGAUUCCAGUAAUGGCCCAACAAAACUUGAUUCCUGUGCAACCGAGCAGUAACAACAAUAUCGUAGCGCCAUCGCCCCACCCUUCAACGGCGAACCUUAUCCAACCAUCCAGUACUAUUCCGACGCAAGCCAACCAAAAUUCUAUGCAUCCGGUUGUGCUAUUACCUUCAUCUACUUCAUUGCAACAGCAAUCGCAGCCAACUCCGGUGGUACCGAUUCAUGGUCCACCUCCCGGACUGAUUCCUCAGCACCAACAUCCUCCCUUAGGGCUUCAAUCGCAGCAGCAACCUGGAAAUCAAGGCCAACCGACUUUCGCAGAAAUAGUUGCCAACGCUCCGGCACAGCCCUUACCUAACACACAACACCUUCAACAGCAUGCCACGCAGCCGGCAUCGUCCGUACAAGCCAUUCAAACUGUUGGUGUUCCUCCAACUUCCACUUUACAACAAUCUGAAGUGGUUAUGCAACAGCAGUCUGUCCAGCAAAUGCAAUCGAUGCAACAAACACAUAUCCAGCAGUCCGGCUCGAUACUUAUGCAGCCGUCACAGCAACAACCCGCGUUGGUCCAACAAACAGCGACUCCACAUGCCAUGUAUGGCGGCAGUAGCAACAAUCAAACCAUCCCAGUAGCAGUUAUGUCCGUUGCGACCAGCAUUCAGCCACAAGUCCAACUUAUUAUGGCAGCGCCAUCCACCUUGACAACCGCCAUUGCGAGCAAUGCAGGAAUGGAGUCGGCAAUGGCGGCUUUGCCACACGGCCCCCCAGUGCUCAACAAAUCGCAGAGCGUGGCAGAUGACAGCCACGCCGGUGGUUCAACCGACGAUCAUGCCAGUGCCUCGGGUAGCAGUACGGUGGCCAUCGAUAACAAAAUCGAGCAGGCCAUGGAUCUGGUCAAGAGUCAUUUGAUGUUCGCCGUCCGGGAGGAGGUGGAAGUCCUCAAGGAGCGCAUCGACGUCCUCAUGGAACGAAUCGCCUACCUCGAAUCGGAGAAUCAAAUUCUCAGAUCAGCUGCCACUCAGGAGACCUUGGCGCAGAUUGCACAGUUGGAGGCCACAUUCCCGGGUAGCGGGACCGAUAAUAGCGGCGGGAGCUCGGUAUCGGUCGUUGGCGUAGCCUCCUCCAUCGGAGCUAUUGUCAACAACACAAUCACUUCGACGACGACGACUACAUCGACGACCACCUCUUGCACUUCCUCUCAAAUCCCGAACGGAACAUCACCGGCUCCUUAGCACUAUGCUUGGUGUGUUCCCAUCGGAAACGAAUGUAUUUUUCUGCUCUCGCUUCUUCUCCCACACUUUCCCUAGACUGCAACCUCCACUGUUUAAUAUUAUAUUUUUUUCCUCUGUUGGUUUCCAAUCGUUUUCCUUGUCAUUUUGUGUCACUUUUUGGGUCGACGAUCACUCCCGACGGAUCGGGAUUACUUGGGUGAAAGGGUAAAAUAAUAAGACGAUGCGAAAAAAAAAAUGAA